GGGCCGGGCCGGGCCGGGCCGAGCCGGGCGGGGAGCGGCGGCGGCUGCGAGCGGCUCAUGGGGACGGCGGCGAGCCACAGCAGCGAGGAGGAGGAGGAGGGCGCCGAAGAAGGCAUGGAGGGGGCGGCGGGCGCGCCCCAAGCCGCGCCGCUGCUGCCGCCGGCCGAGGUGCUGCUGGAGCAGGCCCGGCUGCGGGAGGCCACGGCGCGGCUGCGGGAGGCGGCCCUGCCCGAGCCGCUGGUGUCGCGGCACCACAGCGCGCUGGUGCGAUGGCUGGAGGAGCGGCUGAGCCGCGGAGACGAGGCCGUGAGCCUGGAGCAGUUCUGCGAGGUGCUGGAGAGCGUGUCCCGGCUGGCGGCCGGCUCCCGCGGGGAGAGCGAGGAGGCCUUUGCACAAUUUGAUGCUGAAGGAGAUGGCACUGUAGAUGUGGAGAAUAUGCUGGAGGCUCUCAAGAAUUCUAGUGGAGCAAAUCUUCAGGGGGAGCUGAGCCAUGUAAUCAGGCAACUGCAAGCUUGUUCCCUGGUGCCAGGGUUUAUUGACAUAUUUUCUGAGUCAAAAGAGCGCCUGGGCCUUCACGCCUCGAUGAUCCUGAGAUUCUUGCACCGGAACCGCAUCUCCAGCACUGCCAUCCCUUACCCAGUGCUGGAGUACUUCAACAACAUCUGCACCAUGCGCUCCUCCGUGCUGAAGGAUUCUUUGGAUCGACUUCUCCUCAAAGAGAGAGAAUACCCCAGUGAUCUGAAUGGUAAUCAGGAGUCAGACAAGCUGAAAUCUGUCAUGAAGUGCUACACACACAUCGAAACCUCCUCCAAUUCCGCCGAUAUCGACAAGAUGACAAACGGAGAAACGUCCUCCUUCUGGCAGUCGGAUGGGAGCGCUCGAUCCCACUGGAUACGUUUAAAGAUGAAACCAGAUGUGGUUUUGAGACACCUGUCCAUUGCAGUGGCAGCUAAUGACCAGAGUUACAUGCCACAGCAAGUCACAGUGGCAGUGGGAAGGAAUGCCAGCAAUCUCCAGGAGGUCCGAGAUGUUCACAUUCCGAGCAAUAUCACUGGCUACGUAACACUGUUGGAAAACGCUAACAUUAGUCAGAUGUAUGUACAGAUAAACAUCAAGCGUUGCCUUAGUGAUGGGUGUGACACCAGGAUCCACGGGCUGCGGGCUGUGGGCUACCAGCGCGUGAAGAAGGUGGGAGUGUCCGUGUGCGAUGCCUCGGCCAUCUGGUACUGGUCCCUGCUGACCUCUCUGGUGACAGCUUCCAUGGAAACCAACCCAGCAUUUGUUCACACCAUUUUACAGAAUACUCAGAAAGCACUGCAGCAUAUGCCACCUCUAUCCCUAACACCAGGCUCCACAGAGUUUUCAAGCUUCUUAUCACCAAAUGUUUUGGAAGAAGUAGAUAGCUUCCUUAUCAGAAUAACAAGUUGUUGUACUACUCCAGAGGUGGAGCUGACACUCCUGGCCUUUGCCUUAGCCCGGGGGAGUGUUGCCAAAGUGCUGAGUUCCCUCUGUGCCAUCACUGAUCAUCUGGACACUCCAUACAAGGCUUCCUCCCUUAUCUCUUCCAUGGCAGCAGUCAGACAGAACCUGCUCUAUAAAUAUGGAAAGCCUUUACGACUCACUCUGCAAGCAUGUGAUGUAAAGGGAAAAGAAGAUAAAUCAGGGCCUGAAAACCUCCUUGUAGAGCCAUGGACUGGGGAUGGUUUUCUUACUGAAACUGGGAAAACCAGAGCAAGUAUCAUUCUUUCUACUGGAACUGAAUCUUCAUUUCAAGUGACACAAAUUAGAUUAAAGGUGCGGCGAGGCGCCAUUGGAGCGCAGUGCGGGCUGGUGUUUGCGUACAACAGUGCCUCAGAAAAGUUCCAUGCUGAGGAGCACUUCAAAAGGUUUGAGAGCUAUGACAAAUGGAAGCUGAGGGAAUUCAAGCAGUUUUUAAAAACCAGAAGCAGUUGCUCAUGUGAUGAUUUGGGAGAUGAUGAUCCUAUUGGCUGGUUUGAAGUAGAAGAAGAAUGGGAUGAAGUUGAUGUCAGAAUGCAGCAAUGCAGAGUUUCCCAAUACUUGAUGAUAAAGUUCUUGUGCACAAGACAAGACUCGGCAGAACGGCUCGGGGUCCAAGGGCUGAGCGUUCUGGGCUACCUGCGGCCCCUGCGGGAUGAGCCCUGCAGCACCAUGAGCUGCCUGCAGUGCAGGAAAACUGAGGAGGACACAGUCUGUGGCACAACCCUGCUCCUGAAGACACUUCACUUCAUCCAGCAGCUGGCGCAGGACCUGGUUCAGCAGAAGGAGAGUGGAUUAAAAUACAAGUCAUUUUUAGAUUUCACAGGCCUUGAUUUGCAGCUGUUCUGGAAUUUUUACAAUAAACUGCACCAAAACCCAAGGGAAGAAUGUAUCUUUGCUCAAACACUGCUGUUGCAGCUUCUCCAGAGCUGCUUCUCUGUACUUACUGGAGAUAAUAAAACUGCUAAACCUCAAGAAACUCCUCAGAGCAAAACAGCUGGUCACAUAGAAGCUGCAGAAGAGCUUUAUAGACAUUUGUGUGAAGUAGUGGAUAUGGGGGACAGUAACUUCAUGCCAAUGAAAAUGCUGAAAGAGGAAGUUAAGAACACCUUACUCAGUGGAGCAGCAGUUUUUUUCCCAGAUAGACAGACCAGGCGACACCAGCUCUUCACCAUGAUGAAAAACAUCACAGAGCAAGAACAUAAGCAAUCUGUACAUCUUGCCUUCAGAUCAUUGUGUACCCACUUCAGUGAUCAAGAUCCAGGUGGACUCUUAUUAUUACCAGAGAAAGGAGUUUCUGCAAAUUUUGACAUAAGUGAAAUAUUAUCAGUCAUGGACACCCUUCUGCUUGUGGCAGCAAGAGAGUGUGAAAUGAUGAUGCUGGAUGUUGCACAGCAAGAGAGUGGCACAGUCUUGUCUUCCUUAUUCUGGUCUGUUCAGGGCAGUCUCCUCUCCUGGUGCUAUCUGCAGCUUAAAGGCACUGAUAAUUCAGCCAAGGAUCUUGCAGUAGAAAUACUUAAAAAUUAUGUGGGCCAAUUCCUGUCAAAUAUCAGAACAAUUUUGCAGUCACUCUUAUCUCAAUAUAGUGGCAAAACAAUAGUUGAAAAAAUAAGUAGUUCUGUGUUUGCUAUGGCAACUCGUCAGCUGGUCAUCUUCUUGUUGGAUUUUUGCACUUUAGACAUUCCGUACUGUACUCUGCUACAGGGAUUCAGCACUUUGAUAGAACCACUGAAAAGCCUUUGUAGUGAACCUCAUAAGACAGACAUGGAAAGUUGGCAGCAGGAGCAGCCUGUAGUAUUGAGAACCUGGACAAUGGAAUCACCUCAUAACUAUGAAAAUAAUUGCCAUGAGGUCUCAGUCUUCCUGUGUCAUGGGGCAACUUACUUUGAGGUGGAAUUUGAUGAAAAAUGUGAAACUGAAAGGAGGUAUGAUUACCUGGAGUUUACUGAUGCCAGAGGGGCAAAAACUCGUUACGAUACAAAGGUUGGCACUGAGAAAUGGCCUAAGAAAGUGACCUUUAAGGCUGGCCCACGGCUGCAGUUUCUCUUUCACUCUGACAGCAGUAAUAAUGAGUGGGGCUACAAGUUUUCCGUCACUGCUUACGGCCUCCCAGACGUUGCCGUGUCUUGGGGCUUGGAUUUACAGCUGCUUGUCUCCCGGCUGAUGGGGCGCUUGGCUUCCCGGAGCAUGGCCCUCAAAUCCCUGCGAGAAUUAGGUAGUGAAGCAGACUUGCCUCCUUUGAAAGUAACCUCGGUUCUUAAUUCUCCUCUGUGGAAACCUGUCUUCAGGCAUCAGCUGUGUCCUGAGGCACUCCCGGGAGCCAGGCAAACCAGUGCCAAGCACCAAGACAAAAACGAGGCUCGGAGCUCUCCCCACGACGUCUGCCGUAACUUUCUUACCGACUUUGCAAAAUCAGAUCCUGCCCAGGACUUCAGUGGGCAAAAAUCUGAACUUUUCAAAGGACUUAUACAGGCAUGUAAAAAACAGACCCCAAAGACAGAUAUAGUUGCUGGUCCUACUGUUGAUCAAGCUGUGAACUCAACAUUUGCUGCUUUGGUGUAUCUCACUCCAGAUUUAUUUGAGAAGCUUCAAAAAUAUGUCAACAGUGGCGGCAAGGUGCCUUUGAGUGAUGAGUUUGCACAAGUAUAUUCCCUGGCUGAUUCCAUUAGAAUAUGGAUGUUGGAAAUGAAGCAGAAAUCACUGAUGGGGAGGGGAAAUGAUGCUGAGGAGAAGCAGAACACAGAAGCAAGUGAGAUGAACCCAGAAACUCUCGCAAAACUCUGUGUGCAGAAGAGCCUUUUGUUACUGAAUUUUUUGCCCAUAAGAGCAAAAACAAAAGAUUCUGCCUCAGACAGUUUGGAAGCCCAAGACAUGGAUGAUCCCCAGCAGUAUGUGAGUGAUCAAUGCCAAAGACAAGGAUCAGCUGUGGACAUGGACUUCCAGGCAGCACCGUCUGUGUCGUCCAGUGCAGGAAUUCACCCUGUUUCAAAAGAGAGGGGUCAAGCAUCACAGUCUGAUCCAAAAGUUAAACAAAUUCCAGACCUCCACCAAGCAGAAGCUGCAGCUGCAUGUCAUAGUAAACCUGUUGAGAAUACAGUUUCACAGCAGGAAGAUGUGUCAUCCCCUCCUUCCACUCCUACCCGGAAGUCUCAGCUCAGCCGUGGAAGACUGAGGCUGCUGUCCUUCAGAUCAAUGGAAGAGCCAAAACCUGUGCCUACUGUGAAGGAAAAAUAUCCUAUUUUGAAGAACAUAUUAGACUUUAUUAAGGAUCAAUCACUUUCACAUGAAAGUGUUUUAAAGGUUCUUGCUUUGAGAAAAUCCCAAGGACAGAGUAUUAUGGAAGUGCUGAAGACCAUCCGCCAGUGCCUGGACUCGCUUGGACAGCCGCACUGCUUUCACCCACCCUGUGUACUUUUUCUCCUAGAACUUCUAGCCUGUCAGAAAGAUUUUACAAACUACUUUGGAAACUUGGAAGGCUGUGGUGCUGAGCUACACAAAGAGAUUCGAGAGUCAUACUAUCAGCUUGUUUUGUUCCUGGUAAAUUCUGUGAAAGGAUUUAGUACAAUUAAUGACAGGUCGUUGCUUCCUGCCUUAUCCUGUGUGCAGACAGCUCUCCUGCACCUCUUGGAUAUGAGCUGGGAGCCCAGUGAUCUUUCCUUCUUUGUUGAGAUCCAGCUGCCACAUCUCCUCAUGACAACAUCACAGGAGAACAUCAGUAUCCAUGACAGUGUCAUUUGUCAGUGGAGUGAAGAAGAUGAAAUUGCAGACUACAAGCAAAACUGUGAAUGGAUGGAUGAAUGUCAGGAUGUAAUGUUUGAGACCUGGUAUGAAAAGAUAGCUCAAGCUGACCCAGAGAAGCAGAGAAAGAUGCACAUGUUUGUUGCUCGUUACUGUGACCUGUUGAACGUGGACAUUUCCUGUGAUGGCUGUGAUGAAAUCGCGCCGUGGCAUCGCUACCGCUGUCUGCAGUGCAACGACAUGGAUCUGUGUAAAACUUGUUUCCUUGGUGGAGUUAAACCUGAAGGGCACGAGGACGACCACGAAAUGGUGAACAUGGAAUACGCCUGUGAUCACUGCCAAGGAGUUAUCAUAGGUCGGAGAAUGAACUGCAAUGUUUGUGAUGACUUUGACCUUUGCUAUGGAUGCUAUCAUGCAAAGAAAUACUCUGACAGCCACCUGCCCACCCACAGCAUCACGGUGUAUCCCAUGGUGACCAUCCGCAUCAGUGACCGCCAGCGCCUCAUCCAGCCCUACGUCCACAACUACUCCUGGCUGCUCUUUGCUGCCCUGACCCUCUACAGUGCAGAUCUGGCAAAUGGGGAGGAAGUAGAAGGAGAGAAGCUGGAUCCCCAGGUCGUCAGUCAUGCCAGAGUCCUGCAGCAUCAGUGCAUUCAGCUCAUUGGGGACUGCCUGAUGAAAGCACAGCAUGGAAAAGGACUGAAAAAUUUAGCUCUCCUCUGCAUGUUACCAGAAGAUGAGUCCAUCUCAGAGAAUUGCAGUGUUUCAGGCAGUCCUCCCACAGACAGUGCUCCAAAAAGUCAUCCUGGUGAUAGAGCAGGGAAGGGAAGAGAUGAGAAACGCAGCACAGGCUCUUUGCUGCAUCGCAGUGGAAAAAGAGAUACUCGCAAGGAAAUCCAGUCUCCUGCAGAAGAUAGAGUAGGAAAACAAGAAAUUGAAAUCAAAGCUGUCUCUGCAAAGGAAGCUGUUGUGAGACAAGAUUCAGGCUUGUCUGUGGAUGGGAAUGUUCCUGCAACAGGUGACUCCGUCUUGGAGGAUUCAACCCAAAAACCAACAGAGAAGGUUUUAAUACCUAGCCAGGAGCAAGUUUUUGCUGAAUGCUCUCAGAAGAGGAUUUUGGGGUUGCUGGCAGCUAUGUUACCACCUUUCAAAUCAGGGUUCACAAUGUCUCUGAUCAACCUGGAACAAAUACUUCCACUGAUGUUUCAUGUUGUAAUCUCAAAUGCUGGCCACCUGAAUGAAACUUAUCAUUUAACCUUGGGACUCCUGGGCCAGUUAAUCCUCAGGCUUAUGCCUGCAGAAGUGGAUGCUGCUGUGACUAAAAUCCUUUCAGCCAAACAUAAUUUGUUUGUACCAGGAGAUGGGUCUACAGUGCCAGAAGGAUGGAAGACAACUCAUCUUCUGUUCAGUCUGGGAGCUGUGUGUUUAGACAGCCGUGUGGGGCUGGACUGGGCGAGCUCCAUGGCAGACAUCCUGCGCUCCCUGAACUCCUCUGCGCAGUGGCACCCUGUCAUUGCUGCUUUCACUGACCACUGCAUCAAGCAGCUGCCCUUCCAGCUAAAGCACACCAACAUCUUCACUUUGUUGGUGCUGGUUGGCUUUCCUGAGGUGCUGUGCAUGGGCACUCGUUCUGUGUACAUGGACAAUGCUAAUGAGCCUCAUAAUGUGAUUAUCCUGAAGCACUUCACUGAGAAAAACAGGGCAGUGGUUGUAGACAUCAAAACCCGAAAGAGAAAAACAGUGAAAGACUAUCAGUUGAUUCAGAAAUGUGGGCAAGAAGGCAGUGAUUCCCACACCCAGCUGAGACAGUACCUGCAGCACUUUGUCCUCAUCUCCACCCACCUCCUGCAGACCAGCAUGGACAGUAGCUAUGCUGAGGCAGUGGAAACAACUUGGGUCUUGUCACUGGCUCUGAAGGGGCUUUACAGAACUCUGAAGAUUCAUGGCUUUAAGGAGAUCCAGUCUGCCUUCCUUCAGUCUGGUUUACUCAAACUUCUAGUGAAGAAGUGUAGCAAAGGAACUGGCUUCAGUAAGACUUGGCUUCUCCGAGACCUGGAGAUUUUGUCAAUAAUGCUGUAUUCCUCAAAGCAAGAUAUCAGUUCCCUGGCUGAACAGGAGGAUACUGAACUGGAAGACAGGGAACAAGAUCAAGAUGUGGAGCAGCCUGUUGUUGGUCCUGUUGACUUAGAGCAGAACAAACUUGAUCCUCUGGAGGGCCUGGAUGAAGCCACCAAAAUAUGCUUCCUGAUGACACACGAUGCACUUAAUGCACCUCUCCACAUUCUUCGAGCCAUGUAUGAGCUGCAGAUGAAAAGAACAGAAUCUUUUUUCCUGGAAGUUCAAAAGAGGUUUGAUGGGGAUGUGAUCACAACGGAUGAGAGGAUCCGGACGCUGGCUCAGAAGUGGCAGCCCAGCAAACGCCUGAGGCUGGAGGAGCAGAGCUGCAAGGCAGUGGAUACAGAUAUGAUCAUCUUACCCUGUUUGUCAAAGCCUGUACUCUGCGAUAAAGCAACAGAAGAAACCAACCCUGUUGCCCAGAAACUCAUCACCAACACAGAGAGUGACCUGCAGCUCAGCUAUGCCAAGCAGCGACGCACCAAGAGCUCCAUUCUCCUGCACAAGGAGCUGGACUCCAGGAGUAAAAAGGCUGUCAGGGACUACCUGUAUCGUGUCAAUGAGGCAAUUGCAGUUCUGUAUGCCAGGCAUGUGCUGGCAUCCUUGUUAGCUGAGUGGCCUGAUGAUGUGGCAAUAAAUGAGGAAAUCCUAGAUCUCAGUGGCCCAGCCCAUAUGACAUACAUCCUGGACAUGCUGAUGCAGCUAGAGGAGAAGCAACUAUGGGAAAAAAUUCUGCAGAAAGUGCUGCAUGGGUGCAAGGAGAGCAUGCUGGGGACCAUGGCCCUGACAGCCUGUCAGUUCAUGGAGGAGCCAGGGAUGGCCGUGCAGAUGCGAGAGUCUCGGCAUCCUUACAACAACAACACCAACUUCGAGGAUAAAGUUCACAUUCCUGGUGCUAUCUACCUCUCCAUCAAGUUUGACUCUCAGUGUAACACCGAGGAGGGCUGUGAUGAGCUGCUCAUGUCCAGCAGCAGUGACUUCCAGCAGGACCGGCACAGCUUCAGUGGCUCUCCACAGAAAUGGACUGACUUCGAGCUUCCAGGAGACACGCUCUACUACCGAUUUACUUCUGACAUGAGCAACACUGAGUGGGGUUAUAAGUUUACAGUGACAGCAGGUCAUCUGGGAAGGUUUCAGACAGGGUUUGAAAUUCUAAAGCAGAUGCUGUCUGAGGAAAGGGUAAUUCCUCACCUUCCUCUGGCCAAGAUCUGGGAGUGGCAGGUGGGGGUGGCGUGUCGCCAGACGGGUCACCAGCGCCUCAAGGCCAUCCACCUGCUCCUGAAGAUCGUGCAGUGCAGCAGCCAGGGGGACUGUGACCUCACCUUAUUGAAGCCACUUUGGCAGCUCUUCACCCACAUGGAAAACAACUCAUGUCACGACUCAGCCAAGCCCGGUAUCCUCCUUCCUCUUCAUCGUGCACUGGCAGAACUCUUCUUUGUCACAGAAAACAGAGUUACUGAGCUUGGAUCUCUACAGGAGUAUUUGCUUGCCUUAAAUACUGAAGAUCAUCUUCAUCACUGCACAGCACAGGCCCUGAAAAACAUUGCUGCUAUCAGCCUUGCCAUUAACUAUCCAAACAAAUCAACAAGUUUCUGGAAUGUUUAAUACUGGCUCAGGCCGGAGUGCAUGGGAUAGAGUAGUUUGUCCAUUGGACAUGGGAACAAACAUCUUAACUCCAUUCAGGAGAAGUUCCUUCAGCUUCAGUGUAUGAGCACUCUGCAGCCUUCCUUCCUUCCACCUUGAUGUAGAAUUUGUAAAAGUAACAGCGCACUUCAACGAAAAAGCACAUCCUGAAGUAACUCAUGCGUCGCCUACAGUUAUGUAUGCACAUAUUGUAGCAUGUUAGAGUAAACAGAACAAUAUUGUUUUUUAUUCAGAGGAAGCAAAGUAAAGAAGGUAGCUGAAGUGUGAGAAUGGAAGGCCCCCACGUUUGUAUCAUCUGCUCCUGAGGAAACUUGAUCCAUGAAACGUGUCAGCUUGGGAAAAUAGUGCUGAACUCGGGGUGAUGCCUUCAGCAGCAUCUGUUGUACAUCUUCAGAGUGAAACAGGCAAACCACAGUCUGGUGGCUGCUGCAGCAAUGGUCCACACUUGAAUCCUGUCAUUUUUGCUUUGGAGGCUACUUCCCAAGGAAAAUGAUUUAAAUUCUUACUAAACUACAGGUUGUAAAACAAAUUGUGGGUGAUUUGCAAAGCAAUUGAAGGAUUCCAGUUUCACAGCAUCCUCGGGCAAGAGCUUUAUGUUUCUCCUGUUUUUUGGGUCACCUGUUCUUUCCUUGCUUUAUCUCCAAUGCAUUAUUCCAAAUAGCCCAUUAUUAUAGUGCAGAGAGCAAAGGCUGGCCUUCAGUCACAAGGCACUGGUGAUAUGGAGACUUGAAGAACUUACCUAUUUCUGAAAAAUCACAUAUUUACAAGAAAUCAUGAGAAGAAAUUUUUUUCCUUCAGUUACUUUGAUAUUAGUGGCUUAGGAGGUCCUUGGCAAUGUUGGGAUCUCAGACUCCCAGCACUCAGGGUGGGGUUAAUGAUCAAUCCACUCUUAUUUUACAGAGCAAUAACCACAUUUCUCUUAGUGAACAUGGAACGAAUUGCAGAUCUUCUGUGCUGCAAUAAAUUGGCUUUCUUCCUGCACAGCUAUAUUGGUUAUUCCCUUUCCAAAGAGCUAAAAAGAAUACAGAAAGAUUUGGGGGUGUAUUUUGUGUACCACUGCACAGUUUGUAGAGCUGGUGUUGUCAAUUAUAAAUUCAGAUUACUUUUAAUGCUAAAUAUUUUCUUUUUUGCUUCUUCACCCCAACACUGGAGAAUAGAAAAAAAAAAAGCAGCCAAAAGCUCUAAUAGUAAUUGAAUGUAAGUUGUGUGAAGCAGUGGCUCUGUCAGAAGGAAAUGUAUUUAUUGACCCUGCUUGUCCAAAAUGUGAGUGGUGUCCAAAUACCAGUGCACAGGAGCCCUGCUUUGGGGAGUGUCCUCUGAACUGAUGGUCUUCUCAGCUGGGGCUGGAGUGUCAGGGUGGCCCAAUCUCCCUCUGAGAGGGAAGCAUGCAGUAAUACAUCCCUUGGAUUUUUUUUUUUUUUUUAUGGCCUCUUGUGCUGUAAAGUUUUGUUUUGAUUUCUGUUCAGCCAAGUGAGUGCACAGCGAGUGCUUGAAUCAGAAUGGGAUUAUUCUGCUUGAAAGACUUAAAACUGAAGACCAAGUAGCACCAUGCUUUCAGGGAUGGAGUGGCUCUCUUAGCAAAGGAGAAUGCCAGGGUUCAGGAAAAGUGUAGUAUAUUGUGAAAGACUGAGAGGAAGCAGAGAGAUGCUGCUCUGAAAGCCCUCCUUGAGCAUCAUGAGUUGAUUUCCUUAAAGACAUCAGGAUGGGAAGGGAAUUAUCAAGGUUGUGGUGUACCUUUAAUGCACAGAUCAUGCUGUUCCCACACAAGGUAUUUGAGUUUGCAGCCUCCCUGCUGGGCUGGCAGAGAUCCCUGGGGAGCCAAGUGCUUCACACCUUCUCAUUGCUGAACAGAUCCUGGGCAGAGGGAGCUGCUCCAGCAGAAGGAGAUGUUCCUAAACUGAUGUUAGGGAGUCAGGUGGAUGGGGCAGGUGAGCACUUGGGAAUUGCUUCUCUGGAGCAGGAGGAUUUCCUCUUCACUGCCUCUGUGGGCAUCCAUGGCUGAGGAAUCACAGAUCUGCACUGGGCUGCUGUGCUGAGCUGUGCAGCUGCUGACAUCAGCCCUGUCAGUCAAAGAAGGAUUUUUCUUUUCUCACAUCAGGGAUGAAGACUGUAAAUAAACCAUUCAUAGAAUCUGUCACAGCUCUGUCACAGUCACGUUUUUUUUCUGUUGGACUGUCCUUUUGCUUUCUGGAUGAAGACAUGAGGCUGCAAGGAUGACACAGGAGUGGCCAGAAUUCCUUGCUAGGCAUUACCACUCAACUUACUCUACCAGCAGUGACUGGCCUCGUGAGUCAGUCAUCUUGCCCUGAAGGAACUGUCUAGGAACAGUGUCCACUAAAUAUAAUUUCUACCCACUAGAUGGAACUGAAGGACUGUGACCUGAGUUGACACUGAAUCUGUUGCUGCCUUAUAACUCAAAUCAUUAAUUAUGGAUUUUUUAACAGACAAGAAACACUGAUUAUUUUUUUUCCUUCUGGUAGCGCUAAAGAAAAAGGAAUAGAAUACCAAUAAUGAAUAUUCAUGAUCAAUCACGUUUUGAAAAUUAUGCAGAAGUUCUAAGUGGAUGUGAAUGAUGCUAUUGAAUUGUAUAAAACUGUCUGGAAAACAGGUAUGAUGAAAAAAAAUGUGCCUAAUAUAAGAAAAACUAAAAAAUUUGUCCUGCCUGAAUCACCUAUGAUGUGUUUAAAACAAAUCAUAUUGUUCCUAAUGAUACAUUUGACUUGCUUUCAUUAAACACUUAAAAACAAGAGUUUUAUAAUUUCUUUUCUUACAGGUUUACUACUUUGCAAUUUUUAUCAGUUGUUUAAAAUAUAUCAGACCUUUAGAUUUAUUCCAGUUCAGUUCAACAUGUAAAAAGAAAGCUACAGAUGUGGGUAAAAUAUGCAAAUGAAGAGAAAUAUAUUGUAAAAAUUCUAUAAAAUCAAAAAAAGUACAA